AUGCCCAUCCUCAAGCAGCUGGUGUCCAGCUCCGUGCACUCGAAGCGCCGGUCCCGCGUGGACCUCACGGCCGAGAUGAUCAGCGCCCCUCUGGGCGACUUCCGCCACACCAUGCACGUGGGCCGGGCGGGGGACGCCUUCGGGGACACCUCCUUCCUCAACAGCAAGGCUGGCGAGGUGGACGGCGAGUCCCUGGACGAGCAGGCCUCCGCCUCAUCCUCCAAGCGCGGCCUCCUGUCCCGCAAGUUCAGGGGCAGCAAGCGGUCGCAGUCGGUGACGCGAGGUGACCAGGAGCAGAGGGACAUGCUGGGCUCUCUGCGGGACUCGGCCCUCUUCGUCAAGAACGCCAUGUCCCUGCCCCAGCUCAACGAGAAGGAGGCCGCGGAGAAGGGCUCAAGCAAGCUGCCCAAGAGCCUGUCGUCCAGCCCCGUGAAGAAGGGGGCCGACGAGGAGCGGGGUGUGGGAGAGGGGCUGUCCCCUCGCAACGGGGCAGGGGGCCCCCACACACUCGACCCCCUCCUGGACGAGCAGGCCUUCGGGGACCUGGCUGACCUGCCCGUGGUGCCCAAGGCCAGCUACGGGCUGAAGCACGCCGAGUCCAUCAUGUCCUUCCACAUCGACCUGGGGCCGUCCAUGCUGGGCGACGUGCUCAGUAUCAUGGACAAGGACGAGUGGCCGCCCGAGGGCGAGGAGGACGGGGGCUACCACGACGAUGAGGAGGACCCCGGGAGUCUGGCUGCCCAGGCCCCUCUUCCCACCUCGGCGGCCCCUCCGCCGGCCACGCAGGAGGGCAAGGCCGGGCAGGACCCUUCCUCAUUGCCCUCCCAGGCCCUGGAGGAUGAGGGGUGGGCAGCGGCAGCCCCCAGUCCCAGCUCGGCCCGCAGCGUGGGCAGCCACACCACACGGGACAGCAGCUCCCUGUCCAGCUGCACCUCGGGGGUCCUGGAGGAGCGCAACCCCGCCUUCCGGGGGCCGGACAGGCCCCGGGCCACAGUCCCGAGGCAGCCCGACAAGGAGUUCUCCUUCAUAGACGAGGAGGAGGAGGAUGAGAUCCGAGUGUGA